AUGGAUAAUAAAAUUAAGAAUGUGGAUAUCGAGGAGGCGCUAAAGUCUUUAUUCAAUAUUACAGAAACUAACAAUGGUGAAUCCAAUUCAAUUUCAAACGAUGGUCAUGGUCAAAAUCAAUAUCCAGAAUCAAUUUUACAAACCUCAAAGAAAGGCAAUAAACUAUACAACUCAUUUCAAAGCCUUUCGCCUCAAUUCCUUAAUACAGAAUCAAAUUCAAACAAUAGGACUCAAGUAAUUCGAUGGCAUAACUCAAACUUGGAGACAGUACAGCAUUUAAUAUUAGGCAAUUGGUUAGAACAAAACUCAGCAUCAGCAUCAACUUCAAAAUCCCCUCAUGAUAAAUCUAAAGCAACCUUGAGUCGUCGAGCAAAUAAAUUGUUUAUUUGGGCUUCAAGCGAUGAAUAUAUAGAGGAAAGAAAGAAACAACUUAAAAGAAUACGACGAGGGAGUGAAUUGCAAGAUCAAACCAAAACACAUAUAACUAAUGACUCAGACCUUAAUCAAACUGAUGAAAAUAUCAAAGCUUCAAGACUACAAAAGAAGUUGAAGUUAAAAUUUGACGACCAAAAAUCAGUAAAUAGAUUGGCUCAUACAAUAGAGAAUGAAUCAAACAAAUUUAUACAUUCAAGAAUUCAAAAGAUAAGACUACAUCAUAGUGAACAAAUUGAAAAACAAAUUAAUGAAAGGAAAAAAAGGGAUUAUGAGGAAUAUUUGAGAAAGUUAAAAUUAAAAGAAGAAGAAUAUGAAAAAUCAUUGAGACAAGAUACAGCUAAUGCAGGUUCUAAAGGUAACUUUUUUGGUAAUCUAUUUGGAUUUAAUGCUACAAGUACAUCGAAUGAAAAACCUGACACAAUUGAACCUGAUAUUGAGACUAGUUCUAUCAAAAAUGGUCUGGUUAAUUCCAGUAAUAAAUCAAAAAGAUCAACUUUAUUUGGCAUGCAGUCAUUGUUUCUGGGUGGUAGUAAUAAAGACAGCUCAUUAAGUCCCAAAAAACAAAGUACAACUGUAUUUGAUGCCGAUGAUAGAUCUGAUACCCAAUCUUUAACUCAAUCCUUAGCCGAGCUGAACCUCGAUUCAAUUUUGUCGAACAACAAAGAUAACAAUAGUAAAAAGGAAAGUUUGGAAAAUGAAGCAAAUAUUAACAAUUCUUUUGAGGGGUUAAAUAUUGAUGAUCUUGAAAAUUUUAGGAAUAGAACAAAUACUCCGACGAAGCAGAAUCAAAUUGAUUAUCACAAGCAGGAUGAGGAAGAUAAUAAUGACGAUGAGGACGAUGAAUUUACAGAAUUUACAGAAGCAACAACAGCUCCAAAAAGCAUCUCUCAAAAUUCUAAAACCAAUUUAUCACAUAAUUUUUUUUCAAUAGAUCACGCAAGACAAGGGAGUAAUUCAAGAAAUCAUGAGGAACUAAUUGAUCUUUUUGAUGAUAGACCUCCAUCUAAAUCAAGUACACCACCCAUUAUCAACUCUCCUGUUUCACCAGAGAAUGAAGUAAAUUUACUUGAUUUAUAG